AUGAAGGCCACCUUUUUCUCUUUUCUCGCCGCCCUCGCCGGCACGGCGACCGCCCAGGUCCAGGGUAAAGCUUUUGGCUUUGCCGCUGGUACCACUGGUGGCGGCUCUGCUUCUCCUCAGACCCCUACAAGUCUUGCUCAGCUUAAGGAAUGGCUCACAGACAGCACGGCGCGAACCAUCAUGAUCGACCGUACCUGGGACUUCCGUGGCAGCGAGGGUACGACCUCGGGCAGGUGCUGCAGUGACAAUCGCACAACCAAGUGUCCCGGAGGUACAUCCAAGGGACAGGCUUGGAUCCAGGACACCUGCGAUGCUGCCAGUGGCACCUGGGUUGACUGCACUUACGACAAUGCCGCGAAGAGCCCCAUCGACGUCAACAGCAACAAGAGUCUUGUCGGUGUUGGCACCAAGGGUGUUAUCAUCGGCAAGGGACUGCGCGUCCGUGGCGGCAAGAGCAAUGUCAUCAUACAGAACAUUCACAUCACAAACCUGAACCCUCAGUACGUCUGGGGUGGCGAUGCCAUUACUCUCGAUGGGUCUGACAGGGUUUGGAUCGAUCACUGCAAGAUCUCUCUCAUCGGUCGCCAGUUCAUCGUCUCUGGCUGGGGCGCCGCCGGCAAGGUCACCAUUUCUAACACUGAGUUUGACGGCAAGAGCGAGUGGUCGUCCGGCUGCAACGGCAAGCACUACUGGACCGCACUCCUCAUCGGCGCUAAGGACUACUAUACUUUUGCUGGCAAUUAUGUGCAUGAUACUUCGGGCCGCUCCCCCCAUCUCGGGACUCUCAAUGGCGUGACCGAGAACCUCUUCCAUGGAGUUAACAACUACUUCCAAAAUGUCGGAGGUCAUGCGUUUGAUAUUGAUGGAAACACCUGGGUCCUCCUCGAGGGUAACUACUUCGACAGCGUGACGACCCCCAUUACGCCCGCGACCUUGACAAACGGAGGCCAAAUUUACAUCGUCAACACCGUUGACGAGGCCUCUCGUUGCACAUCUUACCUCGGCUACAUCUGCGAAUGGAACCGGGCGAGUAACUCCGGCACCGUCAGCUCCCUCACCAGCACCAACGCCUUGACCAAGCUUGGAGGCUUCAAGUCUUCCCUCAUCGGUCACAUCCCUGUUGCUGAUGUUCCUGCCAAGGUCAAGGCCAACGCGGGUAUCGGUAAAACGACUAGCACCAAUGCCUAA